ACGUGAGAAGUCGCUAUUUGAUUACUUCUUUAUGUCUACUUACUCUUUAGCCCCGCACAAGCUACCAUAGCACGCGAAACUAAUUAGUCCAAAUGGCUACGACCACUACUACAACCACACGUGCGGCCUCCGACGACGAUCUCCACUCCCUCCUUUCCGAGCAGCGGCGCGAGCUCAUGGCUGCGCAAACCCUCGAAUCCGACCUCGACUUAGCCUUCCGCCUCCAACUCCAAGAAGCCGUCAACGCCUCCCUGUCUCUACUCCCUUCCUCGUCAACAUCACCACCGACUUCUCAAACACAAUCCUCGCCUUCGGUUAUUGUUAUCCCGGACCAAAACGACGCCGUUCAGGCUUCUCUUUCUUCUCUCCAAUCUGAAGAAAUCUCCACGAUCGAACAAGAGUUGAAUGAUCGGAAACAAUCCGAACUCGAAAUGCGCAGAAUGAGAGAAGAUUUUGAUCGUAGAAUGCACGACCAGAAAGUCGCUGGGGAGAUCUUGAGAAUUCCGGACGACGAGUGGCUUGAGUGGGGUGAUAAUUUUGAGAAACCCUUUGGCGAGGGAAGCUCUAAAAGCGUCGAGAACAAUAGUAGCAUUUUCAAAUUGUAUUUCAAGGGUUUGGUGAGCGAAGAGAUGGUGAGGGACCAGAAGGUAAUUUUGGCUGGGAUUGGGGUAGCAAUUUGUGACCCAGUAGAUAAUUUGGUGUUCGAGAUAAGGAAGCCAUUGAUUGGGAAUGGAAUGAGCAGGCAGGCUGCAGAGGCUAAGGCUUUAAUUGAAGGGCUCAACGCGGCUCUUGCUCUGGAGCUCAAGAGGAUUGUGGUUUCUUGUGAUUAUUAUCCGCUUUAUCAAUUUGUUAUUGGAAGAUGGCCACCAAAGCAGCGCAAGAUUGCUACGUUAGUCAACCAAGUGUCUUUCCUUCAACAAAAAUUUACAUAUUGCAAUCCCACUUUUGUGGCACGCAAUGAUGUCAAAUAUGCUUUUAAACUUGCAAGAGAUGCAAUAGUUUCUCAGGUCACAAUUCCUGCAGAAUCAAGCUGUGGCAAGACUCUUCAGGAGACUUGUGUUAUCUGUUUAGAAGAUACAGAUGCUGUGCACAUAUUUUCAGUUGAUGGAUGUGGACAUCGAUACUGCUUUUCUUGUAUGAAACAGCAUGUGGAGGUGAAGUUGCUUCAUGGCUUGGUACCUAAAUGUCCUCAUGAAGGCUGCAAGUCAGAGCUCAGUGUUGACAGCUGCGGGAAGUUCUUGACUUCCAAAUUAAUUGAGACAAUGAACCAAAGGAUAAAAGAAGCUUCGAUUCCUGUUACAGAGCAAAUUUAUUGCCCAUAUCCCAAAUGCUCAGCACUAAUGUCAAAAAAUGAGAUUUCUGAAUUUGCUGAAAAUGCAUUUGGUGGUUUUGGACGUUCAGGUGCUCGGAAAUGCUUGAAGUGCCAUGGCCUUUUUUGUAUUAAUUGCAAGGUCCCCUGGCAUAGCAUCAUGACUUGUACCAUUUACAAAAUGUUGCAUCCUAACCCACCUGCAGAAGAUGUGAAACUGAAGUCUCUUGCUACAAGUAAUCUGUGGCGCCAGUGUGUGAAAUGCAAUCAUAUGAUUGAACUGUCUGAAGGUUGUUAUCACAUGACUUGCAGAUGUGGGUAUGAGUUUUGCUAUAAUUGUGGAGCUGAAUGGAAGGAGAAAAAGGCAACAUGUCAUUGCCCUCUCUGGGAUGAGGAUAAUAUUUUGUAUGAUGAUGAUAGGGACUUUGAUGAUGAAGAAGAAGAUGAUGAUGAUUUUGAACUUUGAUGAGGAUGAUGAGUAAAAUGCAUAUGAAUCUGAAUCUGAUUCCGAUUAUUUCUUCUAAAUAUUCACACCAUUCUGUGUUUUUCUUUUUCUUUUGGCAAUAUUACGUGUGUAUAAAUGUUGGGAGAGACCAAAUUGUUCGGACGCAUAACUGGGCUCUUUGCACAUAACUUGUUUAUUCUUCUUUACUGGUUACUUGCUUGCAAGGUUUAUUA